GUUUUAAAAGUUUUCCAACGAGGCGGAUGUGUUUUGUGUUUUGUGAAGCGUUGCGGAAAAAGCAAUUUGUGUCGCGUCUUCGCGAAUGACGCAGAUUAAAGGAAUGCAAAAACCUUAAGUGCAACCUCUGACCAACUAAAUAGCAACAAUAGCAGGCAUUGUGCACUAAUUUUAACAGAGAGCAGCCCCAGCGAGAGGAACACAAGCAGCGGAGAGACGACUUGCAGCUCCAUCGUCUGGCUAUUGGCGGAAAAAUUAUCGCAGUUUCAAUUAUCGCAAAUAGUCGCUAAAACGCUCUGCCCCAAAAUGUCCGACGCGGCCAAGUCCAACAAUAAUGCGGCGGCCGUCUCUGCCUCCGCCUCCGAGCCUGCAGCUGCGACGCCCGCUGAUGAGGCGUCUCCAACCAAGGAGGCAGCAGCCUCACCGACCACACCACGUGGCGUCAACAAUCACAACAACAACCACAGCAAGAGCCACAACAAACUGAAGUCGACACAGAACAGCAGCGGCGGCGGCAGCAUAGACAAACUGUCGCCGGACCAGGACAUCUACAUCAAUGCCGCCGACGGACUGCCCAGCCAGCAUCCCUCGCUCCCGAAGGAGGGCAUCAUAGACAGCGACACGGAGCCGGAGGUGGACGCAGACUCGUUCGACGACCUGCCCACAUCCAUUAUCGUGACGAACAUCCACUCGGAGGUGUUUGCCAAUCCGGAGCUGAAGCACGGCAUGGAGGAGCUCUUUCGAACCUUCAGCGAAACGGCCACGUUCCAGUGGCUGCGCAGCUUCCGACGGCUGCGGGUGAACUACGACAACGCCAUUGCGGCGGCCAAUGCGCGGAUUAAGCUGCACCAGUACGAGUUCAACAAGAAGACGGUGAUCACCUGCUACUUUGCCCAGCCGGUGACCCCCGUGAACAACAAGAACCUCCAGCCUCCGGCUCCGGUCAAACAGUUCCUCAUCUCUCCGCCUGCCUCUCCGCCAGCGGGCUGGGAGCCGCGCGAGGAGGUCGAACCGCUGGUCAAUCACGAUCUGCUGGCGGCACUGGCCAGUCUCACACCUGGAGAAUCGCACGAGUUGCAUCCGCAGAGCGAGGACCAGCCGGCCAUCAUUGUGCACACAGCAAUGGUGCCAGAGGGAGCUGGCGGCAUCCAAGCCAAGGCGCCCAUAGUGCAGACCAAGUGUCCGGAGAGGGCAUAAGAUUGCAGAGCAAGCUAAGAACGAGCAGCAGCAACCUCCUAAUGAUGGAUGAUUCCCAUCUGAAGUGGGACAGAUGGGAGACAUUUGAUUGAAGUAUUUUUUGUAAAUAUUUUAAAUUCAAUUUUGUGAUUGAUUUACACAUACAAUUUAGCUACGUUCGUUCGUAUGUUUAUAUUAUUAGGCACUCAGCUUUGGUUUAGUUUCAGUUAGAUUCCUGUCUCUGUCCCCGUCCAUGUCCAUGUCCUUUCCUCUCCUAUACACCCAACCAGCCUUUGCCUCUUGUGUUAGUUUCACAUCCUUACUUCCCGUUUUUAGAGCUAUUCGAGCAUUUAAGACAACGUUUUUGAGGUGCCCCUGCCCUACCGCCCAGUGCUUUGUGGCGGAGCCCUGCUAGCAAGUGCAUCUAGAUGUGUUUUUCUCUAUAUCUAUUUUCCUCUCUCUCGCUGUCCGUUUCUCUCAAUUUGAUUGUGUCUAUAUAUGUAUGUAUAUGUGUAUAAGAUAUAUCGAUGUCCAGCCCCUCUAUCUCUCCCGAAGCGCCCCCCUAUUCUAUAUCUAUCGAGUAUCUAUAUCUACAUGUAAAUGUUAAUGUAAUUCUAAGCCAGCGAAAUUUAAGCACCGAUAUCGCAUCAGAUAUCGGCCAAGCAUACGUAUAUAUAUGUAUUUAAUUGAAAAUAUAUUCAAAUUCGAAAAUGAA